UUACUCAAUCCUUCCCAACAUUUCCACCCUCCACCAAUCUCUCUCUCUCUCUCUAUAUAUAUAUGUAUAUAUCUUGUUUGUCUCUAUUUAUUUCCUUCUUUCCCCUUUGCUUGCUUCUCCACUUUCCUCCACAUUAAGGGGCAGUCUGAUGGAGGAUUACAAGAGAAGAGAAGAGUAUAGUGCUUCUUCUCAAGAUCAGGAAGAGACUGCACCGAUUGAUAACAAGUAUGGAGGACUUGUACCCAAGAAGAAGCCUCUUAUCUCAAAGGAUCAUGAAAGGGCCUUUUUUGACUCGGCAGAUUGGGCUUUAUGCAAGCAAGGUGCAGGAGUCGAUAAACAAACCACAGUGGCUAUAGAGACACUAAGGCCAAAAUUGCAGAGAACUCCCCAUCAACAAUUACCUCCACGAAGGCCUACUUGUACAUCUAAUUAAUUCUCUAUUGUUAUUAUUAUUAUGUUAUGUAAUUUGAUCUACAAAAGCAUAGUACGUACGCUGUGUUGGGGAGAAGGUAUCAUUUAGUUGCACUUGCACCAUUUGUUGGGCUGUAUUAUAAUUUAUCACAACUUUUGCUUCUCUACUACUCUUCUCCCACAUAUUAUUAAAAUUCAAAAAGGUAAAUUGCAA